CGUUUCAUCCAUCCACUAAACAGAAGCUAGCUCGAUGCUAUUUUGUAGGGUUUUGUGAACACACACUGUUAGAAGCAGUUACUUAUCGUUAAAACGACUUAUUGGCAGCCAUGACAACUAUAAAAGACGGAGAGUACACGGCUACCAUCUACAAACUGAUUAAAGACGGACAGUAUGUGGAAGCAAUCCAUAUCCUAAACGGCCAACUUCAAAAACACACGAAGUCCAGGGCAGCACUCUCUCUGCUGGGUUACUGCUACUAUCACAUCCAGGAUUUCACCAACUCUGCAGAGUGCUACGAGCAGCUCACCCAGCUGCACCCAGAGGUGGAGGAGUACAAGGUGUACUACGCCCAGUCUCUUUACAAAGCUGGUGCUUACCCUGAGGCUACAAAGGCUUCCUUUGUGCUUGAUAACCCCAGCAGUCACAUCAAGAUGAUCAAGCUACAAGCCUGCAUCAAAUAUUGUGAGGAAGAUUACUCCGCUGCCAAGUCACUCCUGGAGCAGCUUCCCCAGGAAGACCCGGACUAUGUCUACAAUACGGGCUGUCUGCUUUACCAGGACGGGAAGUACGAGGAGGCCUGCAAGAAGUUCACGUCUGCCCUUCAAGUGCUGGGAUACGUGCCAGCUCUGUCAUACAACAUCGCCCUGUGCUUCUACAGCGUGAAGAACUACGCUCAGGCCCUCAAAUACAUCGGAGAGAUCAUAGAGAGAGGCAUCAGAGAACAUCCAGAGCUGAGCGUGGGGAUGACGACUGAGGGCAUCGACGUGCACAGUGUGGGCAACACGCUGGUGCUGCAUCACACCGCCCUGAUCGAAGCCUUCAACCUCAAAGCUGCCAUCGAAUACCAGCUGAAGAACUCGAAAGGAUCUCAGGAGGCUUUGACAGACAUGCCCCCCCGAUCAGAGGAGGAGCUGGACCCCGUGACGCUACACAACCAGGCUCUGUUGAACAUGGACACGAAGCCAUCGGAGGGCUUUGAGAAGCUGGCCUUCCUGCUGCAGCAACCCUCCUUCCCCCCCGUCACCUUCGGGAACCUGCUGCUGCUCUACUGCAAACAUGAGUACUUUGACCUGGCUGCUGACGUCCUGGCAGAGAACGCCCAUCUCACAUACAAGUUCCUCACACCGUACAUGUAUGAGUUUCUUGAUGCCCUGUUGACCUGUCAGACAGCACCAGAGGAGGCUUUUAGGAAGUUUGAUGAGAUGAACGGCAAACUGACGGAGCAGUUACGGAAACUGGCCAAGCAGGUCCCCUAUUAG